UUUCCUGGAAAAACAACCAACGACAAAUCCACAAAUUGGCGCUGCUUCCUCUGGUUGGACCCAAAUACUUAAUCGGUCGCCGGGGUCGCCAACCCAAGGGAAAAGGGAGGCUCUUUUUCCGAAUGGCGACCUCCCCGAAAUCGACGCAGUCCGUGAAGAAUUCAAGCGCCAACAGCGCAAGAAUUUGGCUCUACUCGCUCUUGCUCACCUUCCAGUACGGCUUGCAACCUUUGAUCUCCAGGUGGUUCGUCAGGCGUGAAGUCAUUGUGACUACCUCUGUUUUUACAUGCGAGGUAGCAAAAGUUGUCUUUGCCGUCUUUUUUAUGGCAAAAGAAGGUACUCUGAAGAAACUAUCUCAACAGUGGACUUUGGUCGAUUCUCUGAUAGCUUCAGGACUUCCUGCUGCUAUUUACGCAUUGCAGAAUAGCUUGCUUCAGAUUUCCUACAAAAAUCUCGAUUCACUAACAUUCUCAAUGCUGAACCAGACCAAACUCUUCUUUACUGCUUUCUUUAUGUAUAUCAUCUUAAGGCAAAAGCAAUCAAUCCAGCAGAUAGGAGCCCUCUUGUUAUUGAUAAUUGCAGCCAUUCUUUUAAGCAUUGGUGAAGGUUCUAGCAAAGGAUCUAGUGGUGGAGAACCUGACCAGACUUUCUUUUACGGGAUUAUUCCUGUUCUAGUUGCUUCUGUGCUAUCAGGUCUGGCUUCUUCUCUGUGUCAAUGGGCUUCUCAGAUCAAGAAGCACUCACCGUACUUGAUGACAGUAGAAAUGUCCGUUGUGGGAUGCCUAUGUCUGCUUGCUAGUACUUUUAAGUCUCCGGAUGGAGAAGCCAUCAGGAAACAUGGAUUUUUUUAUGGUUGGACUCCACUGACUGCGAUCCCAGUCAUUUCUAAUGCACUUGGUGGAAUCCUAGUUGGCCUAGUUACAAGCUAUGCUGGUGGUGUUCGUAAGGGGUUUGUUAUUGUUUCCGCGCUACUAGUCACAGCCUUGCUGCAGUUCAUUUUUGAAGGGAAACCGCCUUCAUUGUAUUGUCUUGUUGCUCUUCCACUUGUCAUCUGUAGCAUCUCGAUAUACCAGAAAUAUCCAUUCCGCGUCAAAAAGAAGGAAGCUUAGAUUGCCGUGUUCCAAGCGUGCGGGGAAUGUUUGCCCCCCAGUUGUAUUUGAUCAUCCAUGUCUUCCAGCUGGUAAUUGUAUCGCUUGGGGAGGUUUAGAUUUUAGUUACUACAAAAUCAAUCUCUCUGAUGUUUCUGUAGUCUCUGCUUCAAUUUCAUCAUUUCUAGAUAUUCUCUUGCAUUUAACGCUGUGGAUCAAGAGCUAAUUAUUCAAGAAAGUCGUUAUUACCGCCAUGUCAAAUUUUGCCGACCUUCCUAA